UUUAGCUGGGUAAUGUGCUAAUCUUUAAACCUUUAUGUUUUUAAAUCCUGCAUAUGUCUGGUCUCUUCAUACAAAAGUGUAUUUUGCUUGUUUCUUCUCGCCUUCUUCAGUCUGAAGCCUUAUGUAGGUCAGGCUUGGCUUAAGCAGAUUUCCUGAACCUGCGUCAGCUUAAGCUGAAGGAAUUUUAAUAAACCCUCCCUUGUAGGCGUGGGCCUAAAUGAGACUAGCCUAGUUAAGCCUGAUCUUUUUCUGUUUGUGAAAAAGAGCUGAGCAGAGCUAGGGACUGCAUGGUGGCUCCAGGAACGGCUUCCUUAAUUCAAAGAUAACAAUGGUUGGGAAGGCCAGAUCUUCUAAUUUUACCUUAUCUGAAAAGCUCGAUUUGCUAAAACUCGUGAAGCCGUAUGUUAAAAUUCUCGAGGAACAUACCAAUAAGCAUUCUGUAAUAGUGGAAAAAAACAAAUGCUGGGAUAUUAUAGCUGAUAACUACAAUGCCAUCGGAGUAGAUCGCCCUCCUCGUACUGCACAGGGCCUGCGCACGCUGUACAAGAGGCUCAAAGAAUAUGCCAAACAGGAGCUAUUGCAGCAAAAGGAGACUCACUCAGAUUGUAAAAGCAGCAUUUCCGAGCCAACCAAGAAAGUUGUGGAAAUGAUUCCACAGAUUUCCAAUGUGUGUUUAAGAGACAGGAGCGGUGUUCAAAGUGCUAGUAUCGAUAAAGAAACAAUUGCUGGUACCAGUUCACCACAGGCAAUGUUGGAUCACCAUCCUGCAACAGUCAUGAUGGACUUGCAGUCAGAAGAGGAUGUCAAACCUCCUCCUUCUCUGAUCAUAGACUCCCAGCAAAAUGAGAACUUAGAACAAGAGGAGGAACACCAGCUGGUGCAUAUUAUGGAGAGGUCUCCUUCAACAUCAGUGUCUUCAGUCGAUAUGAGAGUGAUGAUGUCUCCUUCCCCUGUACCGAGAAGGGAUGAGUUUUUUAGGCUUGAGGUUGGAGAACGCUUUAGACCAAUGUGUGGUUAUGACCCACAGAUGUUGCAAAUGCUGAAAGAGGAGCAUCAAAUAAUAUUAGAAAACCAAAGAAAAAUUGGUCUUUAUGUCCAAGAAAAAAGGGAUGGUUUGAAAAGAAAGCAGCAACUGGAAGAAGAACUGUUGCGAACAAAAAUCAAAGUAGAGAAGCUGAAGGCAAUACGACUACGCCGUGAUCUGCCAGAAUACAACAAUAUCUAAAUAUUUUAUUACUUCUGUCAUAUUCUUUGAAAUACUUAAUAAUAAAUGCAAAAUUGUUUCUUAUGUUAAUAUGGAUGAAUCAAAAUCUGGGCUUGAGACAUGAAAGCAUAUGUUGUUUAAGUACCUUAGAAAAAUACCUCGUGUGGGUUUGAAUGCACCAACCCUUCUGGUCUAAAGUAUAGUCAAAUCCAUGUUUAAGUGUUUAGAUUGAUAAAAAUCCAAACUUUAAAAACAUUUCCACUUAUCUCUAGAGUUUUGAUGAGCUAAUGGAAAUUUAAUUCAGUUCUUGUUGAAAAUUUUAGUCAUAUACAUUGUUUUUUCAAAUAAUCAUUUAAUAUCUUAAUGAAGUUGCAGGUAAAUAAAUGCAUAUAAGAAGGAGAAAUAAGAGGCCAUGUUUAAAUGUUUUAUUCUUUUCAAGUUGGUAAAUCUUAUGACAGUAGUGACGUUUUGCUGGUAUAACAGCUUGGAAAACAAAAUUACUGGAUUGUUAUAUUUUUUUAAUGUUCAGUAGACAUUUGAAUAAAAGUACAUCUUUUUAAAAGUUGAUACUUUUUAAUUGUUUCCAGUGGAGAAGUGUUUCCAUAGGAUGUUAUCAAAAGAGAGACAGUGAAUGCAACACUUGGUUUUUAAAACUGCAUGCAUGUGUAAUUUGUGUGUACAGUUACAUGAUUGUGUAUUCAGUUAUAGUAAUUAUACUGGUGAUCAACCAUAUAAAUAUCUACUUUGCUCAUUUGCAUGCAUAAUUACUGCAGUGCAUGUGCAACCAAGACAGUUGCAGGUGCCUUUGAUCAAUAUCACUAUGACUAUAAGCUACUGAAAUAAAAUAGUUUCUGUAUGUAAGUAA